AUGUCCAGAAAAUGCCUGAAGGAGUUUGCAAAGGUAGCACGCUAUUGUUUACACACCAAACCAAAACAACGCCUUACCAUGGCGGAGGUUGUGGUCAAGCUCGAGUCUAUUCUUUCACAAGAAACAGAAAUUGCCAAUUCUGUUGUUAGUGAAGAAGGAUUCAUUUACAAACUACGAUCUCUUUUCACAGGCAAAGUUCAUACUGGAAUAAGAUGGAAUACUGAUCAAACUUGUAGAACUUUCACAUAUGCUGAACUGGCAAGUGCAACAAAUGAUUUUAAGGAGGGGGUGCUUUCCCCAACUCUAAAUGAAGCCGUUUACAAAGGAUAUGCUCCAACAGAAAGUGGUGUUGGUUUAGCGAUGUAUGUUAGGAGGAUUGAGAUUCUCUUGUACCAGACGGUCGAACUAAAAAGAUUCAAUCAUCCCCGCUUUGUAAAACUCUUGGGAUAUUGCUCCAAAAAGGAAGAACUGUUUUUUGUUUAUGAGUUCAUUCAUGGCAAAAGUUUGGCUAAAUAUCUUUACGGAGAUUUUAAUGCCCGGCUUUCGGAUUUUGCUUUUGAUUCAUACGUGUUCCAAAUGGAUCGAUAUUAUGCCGCCCCUGAGUGGUUUCGUUACAGAGCAGACAGAUUUGAUAGAUACGAAGAAACAUAUGAUAUUCUUCAUGGACUAUCGCCUACAGAUGAUUUUGCGAUGAAGAAUGAGAUGUAUGCUUUUGGAGUGGUACUGCUGGAAAUGCUAACCGGGAUGAAGGUGUAUGAUGAGGAGAGACCCCUUGGAAAAGAAGAUUUUGUGGAAUGGGCUAUUCCGUUGUUAGCAGAUGAGGUAAAUCUGAGAAUGAUUGUGGACCCACAACUUCAUCAACAUAAUGAUUGUCCUCCAAAGGGAGCAUUCAAGUUGGCUCAACUUGUUUCAACGUGUCUUCAUCCAGAAAAAGACAAACGCCCGUCAAUGGAAGACAUCUUGCAGGUGUUGAAUCAUUGUUAUCAAGAAGAAAUCAACACAGUUUGA